UGGCAGGCUUAAUACGCGACACCAGAGGAAGUGAAAUGGCAUAUGGGGAAUUGCUAUUGCGAUUUAAAUUUGGCAGGGUCGUAUACUCGUAAGACACGGACCGUAUUCAAAGACCGUAUUUCAAUGGAUAUUGAGGUCGAUAUCAUUGAGUUCAAAGUUCCUGUCGAAAACAACAAAACUAUUUUUAUUUGGGACAUACAACCGAUAUUUUCAGAGGCAUAUAUUUUUGAAUCCCUUUGGCGUGUUUAUUCAGCAUUUGGAGCGCUCUAUCUGGUUAAAGUGUGUCCUAAUGCCACGGUGGCAGAACCGGGGUUCUACGCGCUGGUGAAGUUCUACUCGGCAGUACAAGCUUCCAAAGCUCAGCGGGCCACUGACAAACAGUUUCUCUUUCAGAACUCUCCUCUAAAGGUCAGACUGAGUACAAAACAUAAUCUCGCCUUUUAUACUUCCAAACCCCUCAGUCUAUCCAAAUGUUUGGACCUGGCGAAUCACUACCUGGGCUUCAGCGGCUGGUCUACUCGCAUUAUCGCUUUGAAGGACAUCUCAAAGUAUGUGGAUGCUGAAUGUCCAGAAGAAGACGACAGCCAAAGUGUGUUUUUGAAAUAUGGCUGUAUAGUAGAGUUGACCAUUCCACAGCAUGGCGUGAGCUGCCAGGGGGUUGGUGUGGCAGAAAAGAUCAUUGACAGUGCAUGGGACCCAGAGGAAAAGCUGAGGAGAAGAGGGACCCUUAUGAAACAAGCUAAAGACAAAGCUGUAGUCGGGGCCUUUGAAAAAGUGCUUCUCAUGGUCCUAGGAAAUGGGAAAGUAGCAAUUGAAUGCAGGUUUGAUCCAGAUGAGAUUCUUCCAGAGGCGAACUCUGAAGGAGUCAUUAAGGUUAAUGACAUCUCCUGGAAUGAGUUUGAUGGUGCUGCUGACAGUAAUGCUGAGCAGGAUUUCCCAUGGGACCUCCCCGUGGAUUGACACCCGCUGUAGACCAGCUCUGUCUACCCAUAAGAUGCCAAUAUUUUCCAGAUAAGUGAGACCAAAAUGAUACAAGUUCCUCUCUUUUAAGUAAGAAGAUAGGCUGUUUGUCUGGUUUCUUGCAAAACACAUUGCUGAUUCAUCGAGGCAAUGGUUUAGAGGUGUGGUACUUUGGAUUAAGAGGGCAAAUAUUAUUUUCAAAUGUUAGGUACUUUUCUGUUAAGGUCUGGCCGAGUGGUCAGGACUUAAAUUCAUUAGAAAUUCUGGGAGGCCUAAUAAACAACUUGGAAAGCAAUAUUGACUUAAUAUUUACAUGUCAUUUAUAUUUUUGUCAUUUUGGACAUAUUACUACUUAUAACUUUGUGAUUUUUAUUACAUUUGAAUACAGUAUGACAGAGGGUUGUUUGUAGCACAUUUACUGCAUUUUAAUGAGUUUUGUGUUUAAAGU